AUGAAAAGCUCCGACGAACAAGGUGGUCACGGUGGCGAACGACUCUCGGUGGUAAGAUUAUCAUCUUUAUUGUCUAAUAAACAACCAUAUUAUCAAGAGAUUCUCCAGAUUUCGAAUUCAAUUCUUAUCAAACUUCAUACCCUCGUAUUUUUCAUCAAAAGCUCGAAUAUUUCUCAACGGCAAUUCCUUCUGGCUUCUGCCCACCACUUCUUCUUUGACCACCACCACCACCAAGUUCCAACUUUACACUUUCUCUUCCGACGUGAGCCACUAUCAGAUCAGCCACCAUCACAACCAGGCUCAGUUGAACAACCCAAAGCAGCUAGGAGAAGCAUUCCCAAUGGAAAUUCGAAGCGUAAGAUGGAUCCAAAACCUGUUUAUAUUCAUGUGAGGGCUCGUCACGGGCAAGCAACCGAUAGUCAUAGCUUAGCUAAAAGAGCCAGAAGGGAGAAAAUGAAAAAGAAAAUGCAAUAUUUGCAAGAUUUGGUUCCAGGUUCCACAAGCGUAGACUUCAAUAUGGACAAUUCAUUGCCUGAAGAGCACCAGCAGAUACAUAUUUCCCAGUGGUAGUGAACCCAGAUUGCCAGAAUUAUGGUUCAGAUAAAAAUGGUAGCUAGGAAUUGUCCGCUAAAAAAGGCAACGCAACUAUGGACGAUUCAUCGACCGAAGAAGAGCGUGACAAAGAAACGGAGUCCGGAACUGAAGAACUAGAAAGCGAAGACAAUAUGAGCGAAAUAUAGAUUCAUUAAAAACCUUCA